AUGUACUACGGAACUGGCCGUACGAUCACGCAAACUACCCCCAGUAUAGGCUGUGUCAUACGUGUAAGUGUGCCCAAAUCACGUGUAGUCGUGCUUAGAUGGUAUUGGUCUUCACGAUUAGCAUUUAGGAUCAAGGACAUGGCAGAGUAUCUGAGGGAGUCACCCGGGAAACCACCCAAGAACAAGUCGUUAUUCGGCAGAGCAGGCGAUAUCUGGUCUACUGCCCGGCAAGGCCUCGCGUGGUCGAAAUUUGAGCCUAGCGAUACCACUGCAGUAUGGAGUCCGGGUCCUAUUGGUCUGUUGACUGCCUACUCAGCUCGGCUCCGUGGUGCUAGCAAAGAUGUCAUCGUUGACCGUGUUCAACAACGCCUACAAAGGGCCCAGUCGUUUGGUGCUAUUCCGAUCAACUUCGAAGCGCAGAACAUCACUGCGAUCAUUCAAAGCCAAGUACCGUGGGGUAUAAUGCGACAGGUCGAAUGCGUAGGGUUGGAGGCUUUUGAUCCUGGCCUUACAUACAAUCCUUCUUAUAUCUGGAACCAAAGGCUUGGUAUUGCGCACUAUGGUGAUGGUGUAGGGUUUCUAGCUCUUUGGGGCCACACUUCGGUCAUUACGCCACUUGCCCCACGUGCUGACUUGAUCCCUACCAACGUUUCACUUCCAUACACUCAGUCCUGGCUGGAAAGAGUCAGUCUCAGCGGAGGAGUCGUUGUCCCAAGUCAAACUGCAGGACACCUCAUCAAAAUCAUAGGUAGUGGAGUUGCCAGAAGCAUUGGCGAUCCGAGUAUGACUGUUGAUAUUGGAAUCGAGAAGGUUCCAGAAUACUAUGCACGCUUUGGGAGGUUGGAGAUCACGAUUUAUAUUAACGUUCUCUAG